UCCUGGAACAGAAAUAGUGAUAAGAAUUAAAUGGAAAUAAAAUAAAAAUGGAGGCAGUCGUAUUUGAAAGUCCGUUGGGCUCCAGGCCCGUUACAUUAACCAGACGGGUCGGGUUCCGUUCCCCUGGAAGAAAGAGGCAAAAUCACGGAGACCUCUUCAAAUAAAGCCCCCCCGCCAACGCUCCCCCCCCCUAAUCGCGUAGCAGAUCUCUCCGGGUCGUGCCUGACGAUAGCAUUUUGCCAGUUCUGUUAAUUUCGGAGCAUACUAGAAUCAAUUACUCGCUGUUUAAUUUCCAGCGUUCAUCCUUAAGCCUCAACCAAAAUAUUGACCUAGGCGGUUUAGAUAAGUUGGUCCCCUGCCAUCUGAGCCGCGCCGUGCUUCGGCCCCGCGCCACGGGCGGGGGUCUCGGGUGGGCCGGGAGGGAGAUGCUGCCGGGGGGGGCGGAGAGCGGGCAGGCGGCCUGAGGCUCCUCGCCCCCCCCCCACUCCACCCCCCGAUUUUUUGGUUUUGUUAGCUGCUUUUCAAGGCAGGAAAAACACACUUUGGAGUGUGCGGAAUAUCGGGCUGGUGCGAGGCUCUUUGUAUGUAAAUAGUGUGUUUAAUAAAAAAAAAGAAUUCACACACUCCCUCUCUCUCUCUCGCGCACACACGAGGAAGGGCCCUCCCCACGCCGGUAAUUAACUGACACGUUAUACCACUCAUCACCAAUGGUGGAAGCUCGGAGCUCGCCCAAAACCCGCAAUUUCGCAUCUGCAAACACUGUCUUCAUCCACUUGACUUCCAAGACCCGCCCACACGUGGCCAACCUUUCCCGGGUUUAAUGUAUUUUUUUUCUCCCUCCUCUCGGCAGGUUCAUGUGUGGGGACCAGCCUUAUAUGGACUGUUCGCUCCAGCAAUGGCUUGUUUUUUUCAAGCGGCAGGCACGGGUUCGGGGUGUUUAAGCAAGAUCCAGAAGUGAUCCUUUUUUUUACCUCUUUUUUUCCUCUUUUUUUUUUUUUUUUUUUUUUUUUUUUGUGUGUGCGUCUUUCCCCCUUUCCCCUGGAGUUACAAACUAUUUUCGAAGCCAGCUGCUGCUCCUGCUCUCCGAAUUUCCCCCGCGGCAGAAGGAGCCUGCAGAAACCCUGAGAUCCACCGCCGCGGCCGGGGCUCCUCUUGCUCUCUUUCGCGCAGCCCCCCCCGGUUAUUUUUUCGCCGUGUUUUUUCCUUCUCCGCGCCUCCCCCCCCCACCCUCACCCCCCCCCCGGCCGCCGUGUGCGUGGUGUGCCUUGGUGUCGCCGCUGCCCCGUGUGUGCGUGCGCGCGGGUGACACGGCGGCUCGGCAAGCUGCUCCUCCAAGUCCCCUGCCCCAAUUUGCCCGGACCAUGGCUCUGACCAACACAAAGACGGGCUUUUCCGUCAAGGACAUCCUGGACCUCCCCGACACCAACGACGAGGACGGUUCCGCCGCGGAGGGCGGCGAGGAGGAGAGCGAAGCGCCGGAGCCCCCCAAGAAAGCGGGCGUUCUGGGACAGACCCCCUUGGACACUGUUCAGGCGCUGCCCCUGAAGAGCCCCUUCUACGACAACAGCGACAACCCCUACACGCGCUGGCUGGCGAGCGCCGAGGGCAUCCAGUACUCCCUGCACGGGCUCACGGCCGGCGGCGGCGGCCCGGACGCCGCCGCCAAGUCCCCGGAGCCGUCGGCCGACGAGUCGCCCGACAACGAGAAGGAGGCGGCGGGCGGCGGGGACGCGGGGAAGAAGAGGAAGAGGAGGGUGCUCUUCUCCAAGGCGCAGACCUACGAGCUGGAGCGGCGGUUCCGGCAGCAGCGGUACCUGUCGGCGCCCGAGCGGGAGCACCUGGCCAGCCUGAUCCGCCUGACGCCCACGCAGGUGAAGAUCUGGUUCCAGAACCACCGCUACAAGAUGAAGCGGGCCCGGGCCGAGAAAGGUAUGGAAGUGACUCCUCUUCCUUCCCCGCGGCGGGUGGCCGUGCCGGUCUUAGUCAGGGACGGCAAGCCCUGCCACACGCUCAAAGCUCAGGACUUGGCAGCCGCGACUUUCCAGACGGGAAUCCCCUUCUCCGCCUAUAGCGCCCAGUCUCUACAGCAUAUGCAAUACAACGCCCAGUACAGCGCGACCAGCAACCCCCAGUACCCCACAGCACACCACUUGGUACAGGCUCAGCAAUGGACUUGGUGAACGCUGGAGGAGAGCGCGCACACACGCACACGUCCCACGCGCGCAACCUCCCGCACGCACACACACGCAAAAAAGGAGGAAAAAAAUAAAGAGAGAGAGAGAGACAGACAGACUGAUGCUCCAAAAAGAAAAUCAAACCUACAGGGGAAGGAAUGGAGAGGGAAACGCUAUUACUAUUAUUAUUAUUAUUAUUGCUAUUAUUAUUAUUAUUAUGUUUUGUUGGUUUUGGUUUUGUUGGUUUUGGUUUUGUUUUGUUUUGUUUUGUUUUGUUUUUUUUCCCUCUCCUGUUUCUUUUCCCCUCCAUUUCUGGGGGGCUCGGUU